AUGGAGCUGGAGGUCAAGGCACUGCAUCAGUCCUACUGCUUUAUCAACCCCAACAGCACUGCUAGCACCAGCCCUGUCAGCUCUCAGCCUUUAAUUGAGUUCUCAUUGUUCUUUAUUUUAUUGUCAUCAUUAUACCCUCACAUUGUUAUCCCCCUCACCAACACCACCACCACUCAACAUCCACCACCCCCCCUCAACCAACCCACCUCCUCACCACUCAACAUCCACACCCCUCACACCCCACCUCGCUCACCAACACCACACCCACCACUCAACAUCCACACCCCCUCACCAACACCAACACCACCACCACUCAACAUCCACACCCCCUCACCAACCCCACCUCCUCACCAACACCAACACCACCACCACUCACAUCCACACCCCCUCACCAACCCCACCCCCUCACCAACACCAACACCACCACCACUCAACAUCCACACCCCCUCACCAACCCCACCCCCUCACCAACACCAACAACACCACCACUCAACAUCCACACCCCCUCACCAACCCCUCACCAACACCACACCACUCAACAUCCCUACCCCCUCACCAAGCCCCACCCCACCCCACCCCUCACCAACCCCCACCCCCUCACAAACCCCCCACCUCCUCACCAACCCCCACCCCCCCAUCCCCUCAUCAACUGUCACCCCUCACCAACCCCCACCCCCUCAUCAACUGUCCCCCCCACCAACCUACACCCCCUCACCAACCUAUACCCCCUCACCAACUCCCACCCCCCCACCGACCCCAACCCCCUCACCAACCCCAAUCACCACCAAUCCCACCCUCACCCCCACCCAAUUCCACCCUCACCUCCUUUUUUUAAAUGAUUUCAGAGAGUAA